AUGACGCUCGAGUUGUACCCCUCGUCAGUGCACGACGCGUUCCAGGGCGUCGAGAUCCCCUACCCGCCCCACGUCGUCAAGCGCGCCCAGCAGAUCCACGAGGCGUGCAAAGGAACGAGCUUCGACCAGGAGACGCUGCUGUCGGACUUGGGCAGCCAGUCGCCCGAAACGCGUCACGUCAUCGCCCUUUGCUACCAGGAAUUGUAUUGCCAGUCGCUCCAGAGCGCGUUUCCAGACAAUGAGACGUCAGACGAGGCCCUAGUCCGUCUACUGCGGCUCCUCGCGACGCCGCUGCCGGAGCUCGAGGCGCAGAUCUUGAGCGCUGCCACGAAAGACACCAAGGCCGCUCCUGCCACUCUCCUCAUGCAGGUGAUCGCUGGCCGGACGAACGAGGAGUUGAGUAUCCUCAAGAACGUCUACUACGACUUGAUUGGGCAGGACGUGGUGGUCACAAUGGACUCGGAGCUCAGUGGCGACUUUCGCAAGGUCGUCCUGGCUCGUCUGCAGGCUCCUCAAGUGCCGUACGACCCGGCAGUGCAUACUGCUGCUAAAGCCGAGGAAGAAGCUGUGGCCCUGUAUAAAGCAGGACAGGGGCGACUGGGGACGAAGGAAGAAGUUUUCGUUGGCAUUCUGGUCAAAGCUCCACCAGAGUUUCUGAAGAUGAUGGACACGGUGUACGUGGCUCAGUACCGCAAUGAUAUUGCGAAGGCUGUGGACAAGGAGUUUAGUGGCGAUGCAAAGAGAGGCCUCAAGUACUUGGUGCAGUGUACGAUGAAUCCUUACCCUGCGAUCGCAGAGGUCUUUGAACAGGCAUUGAAAGCUUGUGGAACUGAUACGACGGGGCUGAGCACGACGUUGGUGCGCUACCAGUCAGUGUUGCCGUAUGUGAAGGCAGCUUACAAGAAACUGUAUCGAAAAGAACUGAGGAAUCGCAUCAGUGAAGAGACGAGUGGAGACUACAAGAAGCUGGUGCUAGGUGUGUUUGAUGCACCUCGCGAUCAUUCUAAAACGAAGAUGAAGGGAUCUAGUUGGUCUGCGUCGUCUGGCGGGCUCAGUGGGAGAACGCUUACUGGUGCUAAUUCAUCGGACAGUAUGAGGCAUAUCUCGAGCUCGACCAGUCUACGUUUAUCGUCCAAAGACCACGGUGCCACAUUCGGUGCAGUACCAGCAGAGAAACAAGCUUCUGGUAAGUCCCAAUCUCCUCUCGACGAAUGUGUAGUACGUGACGCAGCUCUACAUCAAGAUCUGCAUCAUUUGCCAAGUUCGGAGUCAGGCAGCCAUUCAUCACAGACAGUCACUUCGGAGCGCGGGGUGCAGUUGCAGGAAGAAAGCAGUCGUUCUCACGUCAAGAUGCCGGGGCUGCGAACUUCUGGUUAUCCUUCUUCACAGCAACGGCCUCUGCACUUGCCCUGGCAAGAACGAAAAGGGCAACGACGAGAACAGCAGCAGCAGUAUCAACAACAAGAUGAAGAACAAGAACAGCGAGAAGAACAAGAACAACGAGAAGAACAACAACUGCCGCAGCGGCAAGAAGAAGAACAACGACAAAGGAAUGAAGAACAACAACUGCUGCAGCGGCUGGAAGAAGAAGAACAACAGCGGGCUGAAGAAGAACUGCAGAAGCGUCAGCAAGAAGAACUGCAGCAGCAACAGACUAAAGAAGAAGAACAACGACAGCGGCAGGAGAGUGAGCCGCGGCAGGAGAAUGAGCAGCGACAGCGGGAUGAGGAAAAGGAACGACAGCGGGAUGAGGAACAACUGCAGCAGCGACUGGAAGAAGAGCAGCGACAACGGGAUGAGGAAAAAUUGCAGCAGCGACUGGAAGUAGAACAGCGACAACGGGCUGAAGAAGAACUGCGGCAGCGACAAGAAGAAGAACAGCGACAGCGGGAUGAGGAAAAGCUGCAGCAGCUACUGGAAGAAGAGCAGCGACAGCGGGAUGAGGAAGAACAACGACAGCGGAAUGAGGAAGAACAACGACAGCGGGAUGAGGAAGAACAACGACAGCGGGAUGAGGAAGAACAACGACAGCGACUGGAAGAAGAAUAUCAGCGGGCUGAAGAAGAACUGCAGAAGCGUCAGCAAGAAGAACUGCAGCAGCGACUGGAAGAAGAACAGCGACAACGGGCUGAAGCAGAACUGCGGCAGCAACAAGUAGAAGAACAACGACAGCAGGAUGAGGAGAAACAACGAAAGCGGGGUGAAGAAGAACUGCAGCAGCGACGACAAGAAGAACAACUACAGCGGCAGCAAGAACACGUGCAACAGCUGCUAGAAGAAGAGCGGCAGCAAGAACAAUUGCGCCAACGACUAGAAGAAAAGCGACGACAAAAACAGCAACGAAUGGAAGAAGAACAACGAAAACGGGAUGAAGAACAACGAAAACGGGAUGAAGAACAACGAAAACAGGAUGAAGAACAACGAAAACUGCUACAAGAACGAUCGGGCACCCUUUCUUCUCGGCAGCAAGAAGCCGUGCACUCAAUGCAGCAAAUGCAGCAACAAGACUACUCUCAGUCAUUGAGCUAUGCUCAACAAUCACAGCAACCUGGAUUCCCACCUCAGCAGCAGCCAUACCAGACUGGCUAUCCUCAGGUGUCUCAGCAGUGGGUCGACCCACUCCAGCACCAGCCAAGCUAUCCGCCACCGCAGCAGGCUAGUUAUCCUCAGCCGUCUACACCGGCAUAUACGUCCCAGCAACAGCCAAGUUUGCCGCUUCAGCAGUCAAUUUACCCAUCCCAGCACCAGCAAAUCUAUCCGCCGCUGCAUUCGAUCUACCCACAGCAGCAGCAGUCGACCUACCCACCCCAGCAGCAGCCAAGCUAUUCGCUAUCCCGUUCCAGCUACGUGUCCCAGGACAGCUAUACAUCAUCGCAACAGUCGAACUAUCCGUCGUCACAGCUUGGUUACUCGUCCCCGCAAUUGCCAGCGUAUCCUCGAACGCAGCAUCCUGGCUACCAACCGAGUCAAGCGUAUCAACAAUAUCCGCCCACUGGUCAACAGCCAUUAAACCAACCGUUUCAGCAAUACUCAUCCCCUGGACCGUCAGGCUACCAGGGUCCACAUGGAGUCACGCCUAGCUACCCGAUGCCUCCCGGGGGAAACUAUGCACGGGGAGGCUAUCCAACUAGCGGAGAACGUCAAGUGCAGUACCCUGUUCCAGGAGGAUAUCCUCCACAUGGCGGGGUGUAA